CACACUAAGCUCACGCAACGGACGGACAAAUAAACAUAAAUAACGACAUCUGAGAAUUCUAUAAAUAAUACAAGCAACUAGCGCUUCUUAGUCCAAUUAAAGCGGCUUAAAAAAUUAGUGCUGAAGAAUUAACGAUUACAUAAAUGAAAGUUGCGUGUGCAAAACGCCCCUCGCUUUAUUUGCUGAUGCUGUCAAAUCCGUAAACCUGUUUUGGAUGCCCGUGAACUCAUCAACAGCCACCUUGUGACGUCCAAAACAACAAGUAUUAAUCAUAGAUAAUUAGACGACGGAAAAAUGGUUACGGCCACGGCGAUUGCGGAUCUGUGCAUAUUCCUUUUGACCUGGAACGUGGGCACCCACGUGCCGCGAAAUCAGGAUCUGAGCUCCCUUUUGUCCCUCAAUGGCACCACCACUUGUCCGGAUAACCAGCUGCCCGACAUCUAUGUGAUCGGAUUCCAGGAGGUGAGCACCACACCGCAGGUGCUAAAGAUCUUCAAUGACGAUCCGUGGGUGCUGAAGAUCGCGGACUCUCUGAACGAUUACCAGUUCGUGAAGGUGGACUCGAAGCAGCUGCAGGGAAUUCUCAUAACCAUGUUCGCACAGCACAAGCACAUCCCGCACAUGAAAGAAAUCGAGACAGAAGCCACGCGCACGGGACUUGGAGGGCUGUGGGGCAACAAGGGUGCCGUGAGCAUUCGACUUUCGCUCUACGGAACUGGCGUCGCUUUCGUCUGCUCUCAUCUGGCGGCGCACGAUGAGAAGCUGAAGGAGCGCAUCGAAGACUAUCACCAAAUCGUGGACAAUCACAAGUACAAUGCGCAGGGAUAUCGCCGGAUAUUCGACCACGACUUUGUCUUUUGGUUUGGCGAUCUCAACUUCCGUCUCUCCGGCGAUAUGUCCGCUUGGGAUGUCCGCACGGAUGUGGAGAACCAGCGUUACGCUGAUCUGCUCAAGCUGGACCAGUUGAAUCUGCUACGGGAGAAGGGCAACGCCUUCAGCUUGCUGGAGGAGCAGCAGCCCAACUUUGCGCCCACCUUUAAGUUCGUGGAAGGCACUAAUGAUUACAACUUGAAGCGGCGACCCGCCUGGUGCGAUAGGAUUUUGCAUCGCGUGCAGAGCAACAUUUAUCCGGGCAUUACCCUGAGUGCCAACCAGCUGUCUUAUCAGUCCCACAUGGACUACACUCUCUCCGACCACAAGCCCGUAUCGGCGACAUUCAACUACAAGGUCGAGGCUAUUAACCGGACCUACACCGACGAGGAGCUGCACGAAAUGACGCACGGAUCUGCCUCAUCUCCUGCGACGCCAAAUGUUAGUCUAUUCUUCGCUUUUGUUGUUUUUGUAGCUGUUUCCUAUACUCAACUUUGAUUUCGCUUCUUUUGUAGUUAUUUAUCGCUGAACUAGAGCAAUGGUAGCGCCGUCAUGACGUCACUUAGUUGUGAACUUUUAAAUCUCUUUGCAUGCUUUUAGAUAAUAUGCGUAGACCAGUUAUAGAGUAAUUAAAAGACUUCCUUUUUAGAAGGAACAAGAGAAACGAAAAUAAUAUCAAGUACAAUGUGAUGAAAUCUCUGCUAAUUUAGCAAUCAUUUAAGCAAUUCUCAAGUGAUCCAUGGAAAUAUUGCAGCUUCCGAGUAUAUAUACAUACAUAUGUUAUCACUCAAUUAAGACGAUAUUAAUUUAACGUUUAAUUGUAUUAAACAAAUGUAUUUUUGUACACUAAACUGUUGAUCGAAUAAAAAAACUAUUACCUCUGUUAA